CGGGGCCGCGGGGGCUCCGGGGGGCCCCCCGGGGGGCCCCCCCGGCCCCGCGGCCCCGGGGGGCCCCCCAGGAGCCUCCCAGGGGCCCCCCGCCGGGGGCCCCCCGGGGGCGGGGGCCCCCUGGGGGGCCCCCGGGGCGUUUGCGGGGGCCCUCGGGGCGUGGGGAGGAAUGGGGGCCCCCGGGGGGGCCCCCGGGGGGGCCCCCGGGGGGCCCCCGGGGGCCCCCGGAAGUGGGGGCUGCAUGCGCGUGGCCGGGAGGGGCUGCCUCUCCGAACAUAUUGUGAGGAUUCCAUCUUUGACAAAUGACUCUCAUGUUCGAGGAGAUGAUGGAGUUGGAGAGGGUUUAACAAUUGAGCUGAACGGGGGCCCCCUGGGCCCCUGCAGCAGCAGCAGCAGCAGCAGCAGCAGCUGCUGCAGCGGCUGCUGCAGCCACGGCUGCUGCAGCUGCAGCCCCUGCGGCGGCGCGCCCCCGCCCGGCGGCCCCUGCAGCAGCAGCAGCAGCAGCAGCAGCAGCAGCAGCGAGGGCCCGGCGCUGAGCAAGGCGAAGCUGCAGGGCGCUGCUGCUGCUGCUGCUGCUGCUGCUGCUGCGCAGGGGGCCCCCGGCGAGGGGGGGCCCCCCAACAAAGAAAAAGAAGGACUUUGGGCAGCUCCGCUUUGGAGCAGCUGCGAGUCUUUAGGGUUUGCUUUUGGGUUUCCUUCUUGGGAGCUUCCGAGUUGCGGUGUACAUACACCCGGGGGCCCCCCCGCGGGCUUCGGGGUCUCCGCCGCAGCAGCAGCAGCAGCAGCAGCAGCAGCAGCAGCAGCAGAAAGCAGCAGCCUCGAGGGCCUCUACCUCCGCCCCAUCUGCAGCAGACUCCCCAGCCGCACCACCAGCAUUUGUGGGGAGCUCGAGGGGCCCCCCAGCGCGGACUGGGGCCCCUGCCGCAUAGACACGAGGGGCCCCGAGGAGGGUUUAGAGGGCCCGGGGGCCCCUCUUGGGUCGAAAGAGUUGCCACUUCUGCUGCUGCGGCCCACCCCUUCGCCUUCAGCUUCUUCUGCGCAACUCCCAAGUCCCACAGGGCAGCUUCGCCCAUCUGCAGCUGACCCCGCCCCUGCAGCAGCAGCAGCAGCAGCAGCAGCAGCAGCAGCAGCAGCAGCAAAUGCUGCUGCUGCUGCAGAAGCAGCAGCAGAAGCAGCAGCGGCAGCGGCAGCUGCAGCAAAGCCGGCGUUGGGGCUCGGGAUAGUGGAAAAGUCCUCCGGGACCCAAGCAGCAGCAGCUGGAGCUGCAGCAGCAGCAGCAGCAGCAGCAGCAGCAGCAGCAGCAGCAGGUGGACCAGUGGUCCAGUGCGGGCGCAGCUGCAGCAAAGAGGACGGAGCGCAGCGGUUUAAAUGA